GUAAGGACAAUUCAGGCCUGACAGACUCUGAUUUGGCCCCAGACUCUGAUCCACCUGGAAUGGACUCCAGAUACUUGGCUGUGAAGGACCAAGGUGUCAAGGCAGCCUCUGAAAGGUCGCCGAGCAAUGACUUGGCGAGUCCGCUGGAAAAAGUCGAUGGUGGCGAAAGCAACAAGGGCAAGAAGAGACGCAACCGCACCACCUUCACCAGCUAUCAGCUGGAGGAACUGGAGAAGGUUUUUCAAAAGACGCAUUAUCCUGACGUUUACGCCCGGGAGCAGCUCGCUUUGAGGACUGACCUGACCGAAGCCCGAGUGCAGGUGUGGUUCCAGAACCGGAGAGCGAAGUGGAGGAAGAGGGAACGAUUUGGUCAGAUGCAGCAGGUCCGAACACAUUUCUCAACUGCUUACGAGCUGCCGCUCCUAACGCGUCCUGAGAACUACGCACAGAUCCAGAACCCCUCCUGGAUCGGCGGCAGCAGUGCAGCUCCCGUCCCUGGCUGCGUUGUUCCCUGCGACACCGUGACCACAUGCAUGACCCCACACCCCCACUCUGCCAGUGGGGUCUCUGACUUCCUGGGCGUAUCGAGUCCCGGGGGACAUGUCGGACAGCCUCACAUGGGCAGCCUGUUUGGCGGCUCUCCUGGCAUGGCUGCGGGCAUCAACACGUACGAUCUCAACAUGGAUCCCGACCGCAAGUCCUCCAGUAUUGCUGCUUUGCGUAUGAAAGCCAAAGAGCACAGUGCUGCCAUUUCUUGGGCAACAUGA